GGGGAUGGAACGCGAAGGAGGAAAAAACAUGAGGGUUCCUUCCGGUUGGACCGUUCAGCGGCUGCACAGCAGGAGAUGAAUGGAGGCCGCGUGUAACCUUGAAAGAGACACUGAGACGCUUUGGAAGGCGGGCUGAUGGUUGGGCCUUAACCUUGUGCAAAAUGGCAAUGGAGGAGGGAGCACUGUUGGAUUUGGGGCCUGGAUUCCAGGCCGGGCAAAAGCCAGAGGUGUCCUUGGAUGCGGACAUGGAGGAGCAGCAGGAGGAGACAGAUGUUCCGGCAAAGGAGGAGAUGGCGAGAUGGGAGGGGAGCGCAGAUUCCUGGGCAGGAGGGAAGGGGAGGGAAAGUGCUGAGGUCUCCCAGGAUGGAAGAACCAGGGCUUUUCUGACAAGGUCCCCAAGAAACCCGGUUAAAGAAGAGUUGGACCAGGGGAUUCUUGUCUCUGAGGACAGCCAGGGAAAAGAGUUCCCAAACACAGUGGCGUCUCCUGGACUUGGCUGCCCACGCCCACAAGAACCGGGGUCCUCUCUCUGGACCUCUGCUCCAAGGCUCCCAAUCUUGGUCAAGGUGAAAGCAGAAGACAACCGGUGCUUCACAGAAGAGCGGGAGACCCAAACCCAGCCAGAUUUCGGCGGGGAGCCCCAAGAGCCCGACCGAAACCUGAAACCUUCCGGGCAGCUGAAAGAAGAGCUUCCGGAUGCGGACACCAUUGUUUCGGAGAUUCGGCGCCAGCACUUCCGCCAGUUCCGCUACCAGGAGGCCAAGGGGCCCCAAGAGGCCUGCAGCCGCCUCUGGUUUCUCUGCUGCCGGUGGCUGAAGCCGGAGAGACACACCAAGGAGCAGAUCCUGGAACUGCUGAUCCUGGAGCAGUUCCUGGCCAUCCUGCCCCCCGAGAUCCAGAGCUGGGUGGUUGAGGGUUGCCCCCAGACCUGUGCCCAGGCAGUGGCUCUGGCCGAGGGCUUCCAGCAGAAGGAGUGGGUGCCUGGGAGUUUGGAUGAGCAGGUGUCGGUGAAAGAGCUGGCCCUGAAUUUUUCUGGGGCUGAAGAGGGGUCAUUGGACUGUCAACAGAGUUUCCAGGGAGGCGACAGUGGAGUUUCCACCAUCCUGGGUGAAUCGUCGAGGAGUACCAGUAAAGCCAUGGAUCUGCCAGAAGUCUCAGGAGAAGGCACCAAUGGGGUAGUGAUGGGGAACUCGGAGCAGAAGGAUUCCCAGGGUAGUGAUCUUCAAGAAACUCCCAGAAUUUGGCAGGGACCCAAAGGUUGUGUGGAACAUUCCCCAGGGACGAAUGCCAGGAAGGCUCUUCUUUGUGAAGGCGGUGAGACCGUUGGAGAAAGGACAGAUGCAAAGAGAAUCCAUCAGGUGAAGAGUGAGGCUGCCGGAGUAGCUGAUGAUAACUCGGAUAUCAUUGAAUUUCAGGUGACCCAUACAGGGAAUAUGCCGUAUAAAUGUCUGGACUGUGGGAAGAGUUUUAAUUACAGCACCAGUCUGGUUAGACACCAGAGAAUCCAUACUGGGGAAAAACCAUAUAAGUGUUUGGAUUGCGGAAAAUGUUUCUGCCAGAGCUCGGGUCUCACAAUUCACCAGAGAAUCCACGCAGGGGAGAAAGCCUAUCAGUGCUUGGAUUGUGGGAAAAGUUUCCGGGUGAAAUCGCACUUGAUCAGGCACUCCAUCAUCCACAAGGGGGAGAAGCCGUACAAGUGCCCGGAAUGCGGGGUCAGCUUCUGCGAACGGUCGGAGUUGCGGAUCCACCAGAGAAUCCACACGGGAGAAAAACCCUACAGCUGUGCUGACUGUGGAAAGAACUUUUGCCGAAAGGCAGAUCUGACUCUCCAUCAGAGAAUCCACACCGGGGAGAUGCCUUACACGUGCUUGGAGUGUGGGAAAGGUUUCCGCUGGAGCUCCAACCUCAUCACGCACCAGAAAACCCACACCGGAGUGAAGCCGUUCGAAUGCACCGAGUGUGGGAAGAGUUACUACUCCAACAUGAGCCUUGUUCGGCAUCAGCGAGUCCACACAGGGGGGACCCCGUAUAUCUGUUCUGACUGCGGGAAGAGUUUCUGCGACAGCACCAGCCUCACCAGGCAUCAGAAGAUCCACACGGGGGAAAAGCCGUACGUCUGCCUGGAUUGUGGGAAGAGCUUCAACCGUAACUCGAACCUCAUUUCGCACCAGAGGACUCACACGGGGGCCAAGCCGUUCCUGUGUACCAACUGUGGGAAGAACUUCCGGUCGAAAUCGGAACUUCACAGGCAUUACACGGUUCACGCAGGAGAGAAAAGCGAAAAGGUGUUGGCUGGGGGCACACCAGAGGUGCCUGCUCACGAGAAAACAAACAGUGACUUGGGAGUUAGCGUGCAAGAAGGUUGGCGGGGCGACCCUCCCUCUGGAGUCCCGGGACGGGCUCAGCCGGAGCUGGAGCUGCGGUGGGAAGGCAGCCGGGGGUUAAAAGGAGAGGUCGAGCCUCGGGAAUUGCGGACCGCUGCUCCGGUGGUCGGCUCAGGCAGCUGGAGCGCAGCUGCACCAGCGCUCAGUCCCCGGUGGGAGGCGAUGGCCGAGAUGGAAGCACCUUGUCCGGGUCCCUUGUCCCCGUCUGGCAGGACGCAGCGCUGGGUAAAAGAGGAACCUGACGAGGAGAUGCGCCACUGCUGGAGCCCUCUGGAACUCGUGAAAGUGGAACAGGCUCCUGACAUGCCCCUUGAGUGCCCGCAAAGAGGGUGGGAUGCUGCGAAUGCUCCCGCUGGGAGACUGGCUGCUGCUGGUCAGUGGUCUGCAAGAGCGCAAAGGAUGCUGGGUCUGCCAAGCCCUCCGAGAGAGGCCCGGCUGGUGUCUCCCGAUCCUGGGUCUGCGGCAUCCCCGGCUUAUGAGUGCCUUGGACUCUGCGGAGCAGCCGAGCCAGGGAAGGAGGAGGUCCUCGGCACAGAGGGGCGACGCCAGCGUUUCCGGAGGUUCCUCUACCAGGAGGCCAGAGAACCGAAAGAUGUCCUCCGGCAGCUCUCUGGGCUUUGCCGGCAGUGGUUGCGACCGGAGAAGAGCACCAAGGAGCGGAUGUUGGAGCUGGUGGUCCUGGAGCAGUUCAUGGCUAUCCUGCCCCCGGAGCUGCAGGGCUGGGUGAGGGGGGCCGAGCCGGAGACCUGCCUUCAGGCGGUGGCCUUGACCGAGGAUUUCUUACGGAGGCAGGAAAGGCAGGGAAAGCAGAUGUUGUUCUCUGAAGUGUCCACUGAUUUCGCAGAAGGACCAAGUGACCUGCUGGGUACCGAACCCAAUCAAUCAAACAACAAGCCCAAACAAGAGGAUAUCAGUGACCUUGGUACUGUUGCUGAAUGGAUUCGGGGUGAGGAGGAAGACAAGGAAAAGAAACCACAUCUGGAAGUGGCUGAUCCCAUAGAAUCCCAAGGGUGGGCUGCUGAAAGCUGUUCUUUGUGUCAGCUGAGCGGAGAGAUUUCUGCAGAUCAGUCUGAAGCGAAGCAACAAGGAGGUAACUCUAUUCCUUCCUGGAGAGAUGGUGAGGAUUUCUGUGGGAGAGAAGACAAGGUCCUUAGGAGCAAGGAAUCAAAUCUAUGUCCUCUGGAUGGGAAGCCCCUGAGCUGGACCAUGGACUGUAUUUCCCCCCGGAGAAACCAGCCAGGAGAAAAAGCGCACAAGGGUUUGGCAUGGGCCAAAACGUUUGCUUUGAGAUCCGGCCUCGUAAUCCACGAAGGCACGCACGCGGCAGAAAACCACCACUCCUGCUUGCAUUGCGGUCAAAGGCGUGGUGUGGUCUCGGCUCACCCUUUCAACACCCAGGCUGGAGAGAAUCCUUACAGAUGCUCAGAAUGCGGGAAAUGCUUCCGCCACACCAGCGGUUUCACCAGUCACCUGAGAAGCCAUUUGGGAGAAAAGCUGUUUCAGUGCCUGUGCUGGGGGAAAAGUUUCAGCGCCCACUCAGACCCGCGCAGGCACGGGAGGUCCCACGCUAGCGAAAGGCUUUACAAGUGCUCGGAUUGUGGGAGAACGUUCUGCCACAGCUCCCAGCUCGUUGCUCACCGGAGAGGGCACGCUGGUGAGAACCCCUUCCAGUGCCUCAAGUGUGGGAAGAUCUUCAGCGGAAGUGUGCAUCUGAGCGGUCACCAGCGAGUCCAUGCUAGCGUGAAAGCCUUUACGUGCUCCGAUUGUGGGAAGACCUUCAGCGGGAAGUCGCACCUCAACAGGCACCAGCGAAUCCACACCGGAGAGAAACUUUUUAAAUGCCUGGAGUGUGGCAAAAACUUCUGCGUGAGCUCAGACCUUACUGCGCAUGAGCGAAUCCACACCGGCCACAAACCCUAUAAAUGCCUGGACUGUGGGAAGAGUUUCAGCCAGAAGCAGCACUUGACCAGCCACCAGCGGACUCACACGGGCGAAAAGCCCUACGUCUGCGCGCACUGCGGCAAAGGCUUCAGCGUGAGCUCCAAUCUCAACACCCACGAGCGGACCCACACGGGAGUGAGGCCCUUUCAGUGCUCCGAAUGCGGGAAACGCUUCAGCCAAAAGUCGCAUCUCAUCGGCCACCAGAGGAUCCACACUGGGGAGAGGCCUUAUUUGUGUGUUGAUUGUGGGAAAAGUUUUGGGUCAAGCUCCAACCUUAUGGCCCACAUGAGGACCCACAGUGGAGAAAAAGCUUAAGAACCCUCGCGAUGGGGCAGAAAUGAUUUUGAGGGGAGAGAAAAAUGCCAAUCCGGUCCCUUACUUUCUUCGGGUUGAUACUUAUUUGCAGAGAUUCAACUUUACAGCCUGCUGGCCAUAUCAAUAGACAGCUGUUGCAGAUGAAUGUUGCAGUGUGAAGCUUAAAACCAAAAGAUUGAUUGAUUAUUGUGAUUUAUUAGUUGUGCUGCCCUUUCUUUCUUCCUCUGGAGCUGAGCUCUUCCUAAAGCAAGAAGCCCAUUUGUGUCCUAUUGGCAUAGACCAGAGAUGGCUUGGUUUCAUCCCAGAGGAAUUCUUUGGCGGUUGUAUGUGAAUGAGAGCUGGAGGGAAGCACAUGGCGCAUGAAUAGGAUAUUGCCUUGAGGUCCUGCACACACAUUUUGGAGGCUUGUAAGGCCCCACCUGAAUUUUUGAGUGCCAUAUGGGGGCCACACUGCCUGAAACUAAAUUUCAUUUAAUUAGAAGAUAAGCAUAACUAAGCUCAAUUUUAAGCAAUUAUGUUCCAUCCCCAGUGUGUUUUAAUAAUGCCCCCACCUGACACAUUAAAAAUUGUGACUUAAGGGUGAUUUGUCAAAGGUGCCCUGAGGGCGGCUCCCUCUGGAUGUUGUUGGAAAAUUCCUGGGGGUAAGUUCCGGUUGGAUUUGCCCCCAGCGUUCUUCCGGUCAGUCCCUAUAUCAAGACCAAGGUAAGCACAUCUGCCGUUCAGCUAGCAAAACUAUAUAUAGCUUGAUGUUUAUUAAUCAUUAGCAAAUGUAAAAAAAAGUUAAUUUGCAAAUUGGGGUAAAGAAGCAAAAGCAGGAAGAGAGAGACACGAAACACAGGAAAAAUUUGCACGAUCUAGAUUGUAUCUAUCAGAAAGAACUUUUCCAAGCCGAUGAAAAAUAAUCCUGUGGAUAAUUAGGUGGACAGUCCAAGAAAGCCAAGCCAGGCCCUGUCCCCCGCAAUAUUUUGGGACAGACCCUCCCACUCAGCCCAACCUACCUCACAGGUUUGUUGUAGAGAAAAAAAAAAAUAGAAGGGAGCGCCAUGUUUGCUGCCUUGAACUCCUGAAGGAAAUGUGGGGUAUAAAAUCAAUAACUCUAUCCACGUAUUUCCAGUCAUUUCUCCAAUAAAAGAGAAUCUCUGUAGCUCAAGGUUGAACUGUGGCAUCCUUGGUGCCCUCUGAGCUUGGUUGUUGGCUUGCAGACGUUUCAUUACCCGACUAGGUAACACCACCAGUUAACUGCCCAGAGUUGUCGUCGUAUGAGAUGGGCGGUGAAUAAAUAUGAUAGAUAAAUAAAUUAAAUAAUGAAACGUCUGUAAGCAAGCCAAAGCCAGAGAGCACCAAGGAUUCCCCAGUCAUUUCUAUCCAUCCAAGCUUUAGGUUUCUCUGGAUGUUAAUUUGUUUCACGUCAAAUAACAGCCCCAGAACAGUAGUUGUGUAGACUAGGGAAGUGCUAACUGGCAUUAUACUCGUAUGCACAGGACAUUUUAGCCCAGCAAGCUAAGACAUGGAACCACAAACUCUGUUUUGCCAUUCCAUAGAUGUAGCUAGUAGAUUUUUACCUGAAUCUCUAGCCCACGUGGGCCCUUAGAACCCUUUCUCUGCCCUUCAGCCUCCCCCCGAACAGCCAGGGCCAACGUUUUCAACCCUUCCUUGUGGGAUUUGUGGGGGGGGCUCAAGUUUUAGGGCAGCCAUUUCCUUGUUAAGAAGCACUUUCUCCCAGGGGGUGAGGGUGGCAGGGUUAAAGGCCAAAAUGAAUGUUUUAAGACCCGCCGGGUCCUGGGAUGCCUUAACAACAUCCGUCAUAUUCCCUGUAUCCUGCAGAGACACUGUCAAUUUUAGAAAUAUUAAUUUAUGGAGGAUAUUCCCCAGCCCAGGUUUACAGCCACCUUCUUGGCCAGAGGACAGAUCACAGUCCAAGGAAAGCUUCUGCCCCCUUUUUUCCUUCCAGCUUCAUCACAUCCAUCCUUUGGUGAGGGAAAGGGAGACCACUUGCUUCAUCAUGCUUGCCGUAUUUUAUCUUCAAUCUUUUUGUUGAUUUUAUUGUAAUUUCUUCGAUUGUUUUGAGCUGCUCAGAAUCACUGAGAGACGGGCAGCAUACAAGUUUAAUAAAUUAUUAAUUCACAAACGCCCUUAAAAGUGCUCAGUGAAGGGAGAAACAUCAUAAUUCAGGCCAUUUUUAUUUAAGCAGUUGCCCAAACUUUGUUACAGGGCAUUGUAGAGCAAACUGUUAGAGCUGCCAUGAUGCCUCCUUCAAUACUUUCAACUACAGCUCCCAUCAUUCCUGGCCUUAGGAUUAGAAUUAGUCCAGAUAACUGGAUGGGACCUGUUCAGAGCUCGCUGGUUUAAAAUGGCUUAUAACAGACUGCAAAUACUAAAAAAAAACAACCCUCAUACGUAUCUUCUCUACAGUAAACAUUUUUCUCUACUAUAGGUGUAAGGGCAAAUUUCUUAGUGAAGGGAAGCAAGAAAUGGAGUCAUUGAAGGGUUGGGAUUGGUGUUUUUAACUUGUUCGUAACUGAUCUUGACUUAAGGGUAAGUAAUAAUACUAAAGAAGACACCAAAUAUCAAAAAAUGAGUAUAAAGACCUCUAGAGCGGCCUUUCUCAACUUUUUGACCCUGGAGGAACUCUUGAAAUAUUUUUCAGAUCUCGGGGAAGCCCUGCACAUUCAGGCUCAAAUAGAGGCCAGAAGUUACAAAAUUAUGCUGUUCAUUUCCUGUGUAGGCCUGUAUAGAUGCACUAACAGUGUUCUUAAACUAAAAAUAAAGAAUGAAACUUACCUCUUCAA